AUGAUAAAAAGAAGAAAAUGCAUCAUUUGUGGCAGCGGGGGAGUUGUAAAAAGCCCAUCCAAUUAUUGCAAGAAAGAAAUGACUGCAUGGCUUACCCCCUUGCCUACCUACGUACAUGCACUCUGCUUGUGCACUUAUUGCUAUAGCUAGGAAGCUGGUGAUAGCUGUGAUUUAAUAUGAGACACGAGGUAGUUGGAUAUGACAGUGAUGUACUAUGUGCUCCCCCCCCAGUGGUCGGUGUCUCUCUCUCUCUCUCUCUCUCUCUCUCUCUCUCUCAUAUGAACUCAUCCUCCAGCAGUAGUCAGGCAGUGUGCGUUCAUGUGUUUUGGAGGAGUAGCUUUGGAGGAAGUGCUGAAGAGUUGGGAUGUAAAUGAUGGCAGCUGUAAGAGCAAAGUCAAUCCGAGGAGCUGGGAGUCUGCUUCGAAGUCGCUCAGAAGGGACUCUGAUCGAUCUAGAUGACAGUGUAACAAUCAACAACAAUAACUUGCAUGGGAGUUAUAUGUCAAAACCUUCAGAAUGGCCUGUUUUCCAGCCAGAUAUCCAACCCCAAGGACGAACAACAAAUCCCUUCUGGAACAAACUCUCCCAGUCAAAUCCUUUCUUAGAUGACAUUGUGUGCAGAAACAGCACUGAUUCAAGUGUGUCCAUACUGAAGGAGGAUCCAUCAGCUUUCUUCCGUAACAGUAUUGAAGAUUGUGAAAGUACAUCUUCAGAUGAAAACAAUUUUGGUCAUUUUGCACAGCGUGACAGAAACAACCUUAAUCAUUCCGGGCGGUGGAGAAGUGCCUCGGACAUUCUUGACAGUCUUGCAAAAAAAGAAACCAAAAAGGAGAAGAGCUUUUGCUCUCAAGGACCGUUCUUGAAACCAGAUUUUGACUGGCUUAAAAAUGAUAUGGAGGCUUACAAAAUGGCCUGGCUGAGUCACAGACAGUUGACCAGGUCCUGUUUGAACCUCAGUUUCAUAAAACAAAGUCCUGGUUGGGCUCAAACCCAAGCCACGAACACACAAAUUGUCUGCAAGAUCGAUCACAAAGGAGGCUCAGUGCAGUUGCCCGACUCCAAUAUCAGUGCCCAUAUUCCCCAAGGUCACGUUGCUCCAGGGGAGAUCCAGGAAAUUGGACUCAAAGCUAGCCUUGAUCCACCAUCUGGACUCAAUAAUAAUUAUGUAACAUCUGUGAGUCCUCUUUUGGAAAUCAGUCUCAGCAAUCCCAAUACUAUGGAAGGCAUCUCGCUUGAUAUUAAAAUGGCAGCUGAAAUAAAAAAUGACCCUUUGAGCCAAGUCAUGACAACAUUUGUAGGUCUGAUGGCCCAUAAGAAAGAUGGACCUUACGAAAAGGUGAAGGACUGUUACAUAUAUCAGAACAUUUUACAAAUGAAGAUCCAGGAGCCAAAGCCUCACAUGUACAUCAUUGCCGUUGCCGAGGCCACAGUCAUCCAACCUCCAGCAACUUCAGUAUGGGACUAUUUAGACCGGCAAUUCACAGUGGCAGUUUAUGGUCCCAAGCAUAUUCACCCAUCAUUCAAAGUUGUGCAAGUCAUCUCUUGCUAUCAUAGUGUUCCAUCCAGGCUUCCUUUCUCUGAUCUCCAAAAAGGUAACAGAAACUUGCCCCCUGUUGUGUUGCAACUGUGGGGAAAGCAUGAGUUCAGUCCAUGCAGUUUAAAUGACUUGCACAUUAAAACCAGUGUGAUGGAAUCAAAUUUUGAAGUGAAAGAUGAGGAUAAGAACAAAGAGGUCAAAAUAGAGGUGCUCAAAACGGGCAGAAUGAUCCACUUGCCAUUGGAACUAUCCAGGACAGGCAAUGGCGAGAUGGCUCAAUUCAAACUAGCUAUCCAGGUGAAGGACUCAAAUUGCCUCUCUUUAGCAGACUUUCACAUUACUUCUCCUGAGGCUGCUCCUCUGAGGACAGACAAACAUGGACUCAGACAUGCGGAUCGUCACAAGGAAGUGACCCGAUCUCAAGCUAUUCCAGAAGAAUCUGUCCCAGAGAUUCCAAAGUUCCAAGAUGUGCCUGUGAAUAUUCAGUGGUAUGGUAUUGCAUUGAAAGCUCUUUUUCGACAGCCGAGAGUGGAGUAUCUUCUAGAGUACUUCAAGGGUGACACAAUUGCUCUGCUUUCCAGAGAAACUGUUAAAUCUGUUGGACAGUCAAAAGUGAAAGAGUGGUAUAUUGGCUUUCUCAGGGGAAAUGUUGGUUUGGUACACUGUAAGAAUGUGAAGGUUAUAACAAAAGGCCAAGUAAUUGACUUCUCUGGAGUUAGACUCACGACGCAAAUCCUGCUGGAUAACAUGACUCAGCCUUUUAAGAAGCUCACAUACAUGUACUCUGCCAUUCAGACCCUAGUAACAGAUCACAUAACCUGUUGGAGGACUUUUGCUGUAGCUCUGGGUUACCCAAACCUCUCAGUCGACGGUUUCUCUAGGAGGCAAGUUGAGACAGAAACCGAGAAGGUAGCAUGUGUCCUUGAGAAGCUUAAGGAAGACUGCCACACAGAAAAAACUAAGAGGAAAUUUCAACAUGAACUCAUAAUUGGACUCUUUAAAAUGGAUGCCCAGGGCCUUGUAGUCCAUUUAAUCCAGAACACAGUUAUUCUGUCCACAGCUGUUGAGCUCGGUGUGCGGUGGAAGGAACUGGCUGAGAAACUUGGAAAACUUUCCAAUUCUCAGAUCAGUGCUUUUGAGGCACCACACAGAGGGAAAAAUGGAGAAGUCAGUGCCCAGUCAAUGUGGAAGCCUGCAUAUGACUUCCUGUAUUCCUGGAGUAUGCAGUAUGGUGAGGGCUAUCGGGACAUGAUUCAGGAUCUCCACCUGGCCCUGGACAAGAUGAAGAGCCCAGUGACUAAACACUGGAGACAGAUGACUGGAGCUCUCAUUACAGUAAACUGUAUGGAGAUCUUGAGGGCCUCUGCCUUCCACAUAGCAUAGUGAACAUUUAAGUUACAAACACAGGUGGGUUUAAGAAUGUCAUACAUUUUUUUUUCUUCCUGUAUUUGUAUAGCAGUGAGCAAUAAAUGCUUUCUUUGUAUUUUUAUAACCAAAAAAUGGCACAAGACAAAUGCUGUUGGACUUGGAAUGCAUUCUUUUAUACUGUUCAACAUAUGAAUUUGCCCAGGUCAACACAAACAUUACUCAAAUUAUUAUAUUUUUCAUGUAUAUGUAUACACUGUAUAGUUUUAUAUUUGUGUGUUAAAUGAAAUGCCUCCCAUCUAACGUCUGGGUCCUUGUUAUGUUAUAUGCGUUUUAAUCUGUUAAUUUUUAAAUAGAGACAAUCUGGACACUUUCUCGAUAUCAAAGUCCUGUGUAAGUUCCUUCUGCUGUUGGGACAGCUGAUUGCUUUAUGAGGAGUGACCUUUUCUGUCUAUCUUAAAGGAUAAACUCUAAAAGUGGGCCAAGCUUUUGCAUUAUAAAAUAUACGUUUUUUUUUCUGCACUUACUGUAAUUUUACCAGUGUACCUAAGAUAUCUUGUUAACUGUACUAUUUUUAAUAUUAAUCUUGUAGCUAUUAUUGCUGAACUAAAAUAAAAAAACAGAUUUUAA